AUGCCCGCAAGAAUUAUGGACAGCUAUGAUCAUGUCCCAGUAACGAAAGAAGAUUUGGACUGGGCCGAGCUCGUCACUCUCGACCUGAGCGAAUAUGAGCAACCCGGUGGUGAAAAGGCUUUAGUCGAGAAGCUCGAGCAUGCUGUACGACAUGUCGGCUUUUUCUAUGUCAAGAACUUCAACAUCAGCCAAGAAGAGGUUGACCGUCAAUUUGCUCUGGGCCGAGAGUUCUAUGCGUUGCCACUUGAGGAGAAGCUCAAGUAUCACAACGCAGAUGACCUCGUCCGAGGCGAGUAUAACGGAUACCGGCCGGCUGGGCAUCGCAUCCUUGGAAAUGGCAUCAAAGAUAAUGUACAGGUGUACAAUAUUCCCAAGUUUGAUGGUCACCAUCAGCGACAGCAACCCCCAAUUCUCUCCGAUCACAUUGCCGAAAUUGAGGCUUUCAGCCGCAAAUGCCACACUGAAGUAGUGGAAAAGCUUCUCCACCUAUUCGCCAUUCUUCUUGAGCUCCCGGACCAGGACCAGCUGGUUCGCGAUCAUCAGUACGAUGUUCGCGGAGAGGAUCACUUGCGCUACAUGCAUUACGCCGCGCGCAGCGCCGAAGAGAACAAGAAAGUUGGGAGCCUGUAUAGUCCAGGACAUACCGACCUCGGCACUGUCACCCUUCUUUUCCGACAGCCCGUGGCCGCUCUGCAAAUUCUCAGCUCCGAAGGCAACUGGAAGUGGGUGCGUCCUCAGGACGGGACCAUCACCAUCAAUACCUGCGAUGCCCUGACAGCACUGACGGGCGGUCUGAUCAAAUCGAGCAUUCACCGUGUACAUGCACCCCCCGUAGACCAAGCCCAUGUCGAUCGAUUGGGCGUUCUAUAUUUUGCUCGACCCAAUAACCAUGUUGUCCUGGACCCGAUCCAGAAUAGCCCACUGCUCAGCCGACUUGGAUUGACGCAGAAUGUUUUUACCGAGCUUGGUCAACACCUGACAACUGAGCAGUGGGUCAAGGUCCGACAGACUCAGCAGCAACGACGGAACCGGGAUGUCAAGGUUUCGGAUGACGGGAAGUAUACUUACGGGGAAAAAGAUCUCGAGAUUCUCCCUGGCCUACAGGCUAAGAUCUACAACUGA